AUGCUGUCCUUGGUACGUCGAGCGGCGUUGCGCCCUCGUCGACUAGGACAUGACCAUCACUCUUUACUAUUACGUGGCUUUGCAUCAGCUGAUUCCAAAUGGGGUCUUAUUAAUGAGAACAUUACUGCACAAGUUGUUAAUAUCGUUGAAGAGGGUGAUAAUGUGCGUCUGGAUGUCCCGAUUCGCCAGGCUAUUCAAGACGCAGAGAUUCAAGGCGUUGAUCUGGUGCAAAUGUCGCCUGUAGGUAAACAACCAGUUUUCUGUCGACUUUUUGAUGCCAAGAAACGCUUCUAUGAGCUCAAGAAGGCGACUAAAAAGGCCUCGAAACAGCAAAAACCAAAGCCAGACAAGGAGGUCGUGGUUGGUGCCAAGAUCGCGCCAAAUGACUUGAAUAUGAAAGUCGAACAGCUCAAGAGGUUCUUAACCAAGGGCCACAAGGUCAAAGUCACGAUCAAGUAUUAUCAAGCAUAUCAGUUGAAGAUGCAGUCAGUGGAGCAGUUGAAACAGAUUGAAAGCCGCAUUGAUGCCACGUUGGGUGUCCCCAGUGGCCCAGUGAGAGAGCAGUUUGGUGCUGUGUAUGUGUUCUACUCACCGGCCAUCUAG